CUCUUGACGAUCCCCUGUCUAUUCCAGAAUACACAAACUUCCACGUAUAGAGGGCCAUAAUAAAAAUAGAAAACAAACUAGGAAUCAAUGUAACAAUCACUUACAGAUUACGGAUUAUUAGCUUUAAAUUGAAUCCAGUCUCCCUUUCCUGUUAAAAAAUGUAUUUACGAAUAUGCAUACUCUCUUCUUUAUUCUGCAUCUGUUCAACUCAGCAAUCAAUAGGAAAUAUCAUGUCGCGCAUAUUUCAUAAUCCAUUUCGGGUGAGAAUAAUACGGAGGGAUCCUCAGCCAUCGGGCCGGAUCCAUCAACCCCGCCCGCCGCAGCCACCUCCACCAGCCUCGAGAAGUGCCUCUCCAUGCCCGGAUGGGUGUGACACCGGAUAUGUUUGUUACGGUGGAGGAUGUCAAAAAAUGGGUGACUCUCUUUGUAAUCCAAUGUGUGAAGAAAACCACUCCUGCCAUCACGGCCACUGCCAUUUUGAUCCCUGUAGGCCAAAGUGUGGAGAAAAUUUUGUGUGUAACAGAGGAAAAUGCGAAGAAGUCAGUGGUGGUCAGUGUAAUCCCGGAUGCCCGCCAGGCUAUGUAUGCCAUGUUGACCACUGCGAUAGUCCACAAUCCAACCCACAUGAAACUUGUGAUACACCCUGUCCACCUAAUUCUCGAUGUGUGAACGGUCACUGUACAGGAGAGGCCCUUACAGUAGGUGCUGUAAAUCCAAAUGACGUUCGCCCAGCCAAUCCACCACAACGUGGACCAAAUAUGCCUUUUCCACAGAUUCAGCCUUUGUCACCCAUUACUCCAAAUACCCAGAAUGGACCUUUAACGCCCAGAAAUCCAAAUAUGCCGAAUGGGCCUUUCUCGCCCAUCCCACCCUUCUCAAAUCGUGGUCCAAACAGUCCAAUAAAUCCCAUGAACUCCAAUGAUCCGAACUCUAGAUGGCUUGUUGGGGAUUCUUCGGGAUCAAGAGCACCAUGGAGGAGACCACCACCAAUAAUAAUCAGGCCUGGAUCCAAUACUCCUGAUACCUCAGCUCCUGCAGGGCCUGUAGAUCUUAAUCCUAACCCAGCUAGCUUGUUCCCAUUGACAGAUAAUCCAUCGGAAGUUGCUCCACCAGCGCCAUCAGGCGGUGACAUGGGGACUUCUCCUCAAAGUGGUUCAGCGGGAUCGGGCACAGGGAUGGUUAUGCCACCACUUCAUACUCUGAUUCCUGGUGGUGGAUUGUUUCCUGGUCAAGGUAGUCAAGUUGCUCAGCCAGCUGCUCCUCAACCACCGGCUGCUCCCCAACCACCAUCUGCUCCUCAACCACCCAGUCUUCCUGGACUUGGACCUGGAGAAAUCCCCGAUAUACAGGAGGUUUGUCAGGGUGGCAACUGUGACGGAGCACCACUUGGACCUGGUUCAAAUGUGGGAUUGAAUCAGAGACCCGUUGUCCCACAACGUAUGGCUGGAAGAGGAGAUAACUGUGGAGAGUUAACAUGCUUUGAGAAUGAGUUUUGCUUUGAUGCGUCAUCUUCUACAUGUAUGGAUGUUAAUUCAGGGGAUCCGAGAACACCAUGAAAUCCUUAGACAGAUAAAUGAGGACACGAUCUUCUACAAAGAACUCUACACAUGUCAGGCAUAUUUAUAGAAAAAUUGUUAUGUAGUUUUGUUGUUUAAAAACAUACCAAUAAAAACCAAAUAAAACAAAA